CGUGCGGCCGGCCGGGCUAAGGGCGCUUCUCUUGCUCUCGUGCGCAACCCUGACUUCUUCUAGUCUGGCUGUGCCCGGGGCCUCCCGUCGCCGCCGCCGCUGCUGUCCUGCUACCCGGUCGCUUUCUUGUGGCUCCUGCUAUCGCCGCCGCCGCUUUUCUGCAGCCGCCACUUUCCUGUCGUUGCUGCCGCAGCCGCUGCCGCCGCCUCUUUCCUGCCGCCGACUUCUCGGAGAGCCCGGCCCACCCUUUCUACCUGCAGCUGCUUUCUACCUGCCGUGGUCUGGAAGGUAGAAGUGGUGGGCUGGGCGUGGGGCUCUCGGUGCAUUCACAGAUCUCGGGUUGGUGCGGGGAGAAGUAGUCCAGUCCAGGCACCUGUGGAUCAUCUUACACAUUCUUGCAAUCACAAGGAUUUCAACUGCUUUGACAGGCUGUAUGGACCAAACAUUUAUCUCCAUGAGAACUGAUGACUGGUGGCCCUGCUUCUAUUUCCAUCCUGCUUAACUGAAGUGGCUUUUUGGGUUUGGAGAGAACAUUCACACAGAAUUUCAGACGCAGGAGCAAGGAAAUGGACUCAGUGGUAUUUGAAGAUGUGGCCAUGGACUUUUCCCAGGAAGAGUGGGCUUUGUUGGAUUUUUCUCAGAGGAAUCUCUACAAAGAUGUGAUGGUGGAAACCUUCAGGAACCUGGACUCAGUUUCUCAACAGGAUAAUAACGGACAAAAGUUAUCCAUUGAACAUAUAUUACUGCGAUUCAUGAAGAAUGAUUCCUGGUCAUCCAUGGUAGGAGAAAUCUGUGAAUUCCAUGACAAUGAAAAUCAGCACAAAAACCAGGAGAGGCAUUUGAGAAAAUAUAUGGUAGAGAGCCUUCAAGCAAGUAAAGAACAUAGAGUAAAAAAAUAUAAAGAAAGUAAUCAGUGUGGAAAAACUUUCAGCCAGAUUGCAGAUCUUACUGGGCUCAAAAGAACUGCUGGAGUAAGUGCUUCUGAAUGUUGUGAGUGUGGAAAAGCCUUCAAGGAUCAUACAUUUAAGCAUCACAUCAGAUCUCACACUGGAUACAAACCUUAUCACUCUAAGGAAUGUGAAGAACUCUGCAGUUGGCCCUCUUUCAUAAAACCUCAUUUGAGAACACUUACUGGAGAGAAACUUUGUAAAUGUAAGGAUGGUGGGGAACCCUAUAGUUGUUCCUCAUCCCUCACUAAACAUGUAAGAACUCAGAGUGGAGAAAGGCCUUAUGAAUGCAAAGAAUGUGGUAAAGCUUUUAGGCAGUCCUCACACCUCACUACCCAUAUGAGAUCUCACAGUGGAGAAAGGCCUUAUGUAUGUAAGGAAUGUGGGAAAGCCUUUGGUUUUUCUUCAAGCCUCACUAUCCAUAUGAGAACACAUAGUAGAGAGAGGCCUUAUGAAUGUAAGGAAUGUGGGAAAGCCUUUAGUCAUUCUUCAAACCUCGGUAGACACAUGAGAACUCACAGUGGAGAGAGACCUUAUGAAUGUAAGGAAUGUGGGAAAGCAUUUAGUCGUUCCUCAUUCCUCUGUAACCAUAUAAAAAUUCACACUGGAGAGAGGCCUUAUGAUUGUAAGAAAUGUGGGAAAGCAUUUAGGCAGGCCUCAUCCCUCAUUCAGCAUAGGACAACACACAGUGGAGAGAGGCCUUAUGACUGUAAAGAAUGUGGAAAAGCCUUUGGACGGUACUCACACCUCACUCAGCAUGAAAAAACACACAGUCGAGAGAAGUCUUAUGAAUGUAAGGAAUGUGGGAAGGCAUUUAGGCAGGCCUCAUGCCUCGCUCAGCAUAAAAGAACUCACAGUGUUGAGAGGCCUUAUGAAUGUAAGGAAUGUGGAAAAGCCUUUGGUUGUUUCCCACACCUCACAAGACAUAUGAGAAGUCAUACUGGUGAGAGGCCUUAUGUAUGUAAUGAAUGUGGGAAGUGCUUUAGUCGGUCUUCAACCCUCUCUGAUCAUAUAAGCACUCACAGUGGAGAGAGGCCUUACGAAUGUAAGGAAUGUGGAAAGGCCUUCAGUUGUAUCUCACGCCUCACUGCACAUGUAAGAACUCACAGUGGAGAGAGGCCUUAUGAAUGUAACCAAUGUGGGAAAGCCUUUAGUUGUUUCUCACACCUCACUAGGCAUACGAGAACUCACAGUAGAAAGAGGCCUUAUGAAUGUAAGGAAUGUGGAAAAAUCUUUAGUCAGUCUUCAACCCUUUCUGACUGUAUAGGAACUCACAGUCAAGAGAGGCCUUAUGGAUAUAAGGAGUGUGGAAAAGCUUUUAGUCACUCUUUACAUGAAAGACCUCACAAUGGAGAGAAACCUUAUGGAUGUAUGGAAUGUGGGAAAGCCUUUACUAUGUCCUCGCACCUCACUGCACAUACAGGAAUUCACAGUGGAAUGUGGUCUUUUGAUUAAGGGAAUGUACAAAAGCCUUUGCUAUUCCUUUUUACCUCAAAGAACACAAAAGUCAUCGUGGAGAGAUAGGAAUGUGAGGAAGUCUUCAGUUACUUCUCAUGCCUCUCUAAACAUAAAAGCUCCCAGUGGAGAGAGGCCUUAUGUAUGUAAGGCAUGAGAGAAAAUCUUCAGUUCUCAGUCUCUUGAAGACAUAUGAGAAGGUUCACUGGAAAGAAUACAUGUGUAAGUAAUGUUGUAAAGCUUCAGUCAUCCCUCAUCUUUUUGGAAAAACUGAAAGAAAAUACAUAGGAUAGAAACCAAGUAAUGUCAAAAGUUUUAUGGUGAAGGUUUUGCAGUUCCCCUAGUACUAUCCAAAAUGAUGAGGAUUCACACAGAUGGGAAAACCUUCACUAAUUACCUCUACUAAAUAUGUGACAAGUCACAUUUGAGGUAAAUCAUGUAUAUGUAAGGAACAUGGAAACAUCUACGAGCCUUUAGAAUUCUUACAAAACAUGUAAUUUAUUACACUGUGGAUUGAUCCUAUGAAUGUAAAAGACAAGGGAAAUCUUAAUUGUACCUUAUGAGACGUCACACACAGAAAGACUGUGACUGAAAGCAAAGUACCUUUUCAGUUAGCACAUGGCUUUAAAUAAGUACCAAACAUCAUUUCGCUUCUGUUAUAUUCAGAUUUCCUUAUUACAAAAUCUCAUCAACCUGUGAAUAUCUUGAAAUGUGUUUUCUGUUUAACAGGUAAGUUUUUUAAGUUUUUAUACUUCUUUUCAUUCUAUUAAUACAGUAUGUUCUCCUUAUAAAAAAUUUGAUUUUAACUGAAAAUUAUGAGGAAAACCCAUAAAUCAUUCGAUUUCCCAGCCCAGUUGUUGUUUUGGAUAUUUUCGUUUAGCCUUCUUUGUAUGCAAGGUAGUAUUUUCUUAAAGAUUCUGAUUGUUACCGUAUGUGUAAUACUGAACAUUUUGUGGUAUUGCUUUACUCAUUUAUCCUUUACAACUAUUAUGACCUGUGUUUUGCUGAUAAAAUGCCCCUUACAAAUGGUGCUGUGAGAAGCAGGGUUUCCAUAGAAGGAGGGUUCAUCUUUGGGGUACACACAGACUCACAUCUUUACCUAGCAGCAAUAGACCUUCAGUCUCCCACAGCCCUAAAGCCUUUAUUUUAAGGCAGAGCCCUGCAUUUGGUAAUUCUUUAGUUUUGGGAGAGAGUUCUGGGCCAAGUGCUGAGGCUACCAUUGUUAGGUUGGGUUGGACUGGUGGCUGCUCUUCCACUUGGGUAUAUACUUGCUAUAGAGCCUGGAUGUUUAUACAGAGGCAUCACCCCAUGCCAAACUGGGGUCUUUUUGACCCCUUAUGCAAGGGAGGGCCUAGGAAAUGGUGGCCAUAGGUCCAGAAGCAUUGCUGUUAGAUUUCCCAUUGGCCGAGCAGUUCCCCUUUCAAAAUCAUCAUCUGGAAAUCCCUGCACACCCUAAUUAUUCCAUUGAUAAUAACGAUGGCGGAAAUACUGAAAGAGAAGAAACAGUGUCAUCGUACAACAGGGAGUUUUCAAUAAGUGCCUGGCUACAUGUCACAAUAUUAUACUGCCAGUAAAUGAAUUUGUUGAGAAGCACUUUCGUCUACAUUAGGAGAGGCAGUCAUAGCUUUCUGUUGUUUGAAAAGCAGGGUAUAAAAUAGAGUGUACAUGAUGAUGUCAGUUUUAUAAAACAUGUAUAUAUGCAGACAAACCAGCUCGUAGAAAAGACUAGAACAUUAACAGGGGUUCACUCCCAAAGAUUAAACAGUGAUGUCUUUAGUCAUUUGUUUCUCCCUAACCUAAUUUGCAACUUUUCUAGAGUCAUUGUUCAUUACUUGUACAGUUUUUUAAAUUUAAAAAUGAUAAUCCACUUUUGGAAUAUACAGUAAUACGAGUUUUGACAAACAUCAAUUUAUAAUCAGUACCGCAAGGGAAGCACAGAAUAGCUCUUACUUCCAAAUAAACCAUACUCUUGCCCCUGUUCAGUCAAACCUUCCCCUCAAUGUGAAUUCCUGGUACUUUCCCUAUACUAGGCAUUUGGUGUGUGGCUUAGAUUCUGGCUCCUUUCAUUUACUUUAAUGGAUUUGAGAUUUAUAUAUUGUUAUGGAUUGAAUUGUAUCCCCCCAAAAUGUGUGUCAAUUUGGCUAGACCAUGAUUCCCAUUGUUGUAUGGUUGUCCUCCAUUUUGUGAUCGAUGUAAUUUUCCUACAUGUUGUAAAUCGUAAUCUCUGCCUGCGGUUGAGGCAGGAUUGAGUUAUGUUUAAGAGGAUUAGGGAGGGAUGUAACACCCUUUCUCAGAUCACAUCCCUGGUCCAAUGUACAGGUAGUUUCCCUGGGGUAUGGCUUGCAUCAUCUUUUAUCUCACAAGAAAUAAAAGGAGAGGGAAGCGAACAGAGAAUGGGGGACCUCAUAUUACCAAGAAAGUAGUGCUGGAAGCAGAGUGUGUCCUAUUGACUUGGGGUUCCUGUGUGGAUAAGCUCCUAGGUCAGGAAAAGAUUGAUGACAAGGGCCUUCCUCCAGAGCCAACAGAGAGAGAAAGCCUUCCUCUGGAUUUGAUGCCCUGAAUUUGGACUUGUAACCUACCAGAUUGUGAGAGAAUAAACUCUUUGUUGAAGCCAUCCACUUGGGGUAUUUCUGUUACAGCAGCAGCAGAUAACCAAGACGUGUGUGUUGAUGAAUGUGUUGAUAGUUCCUUUUUAUUGCUGUACGGUAUUCCAUUGUAUACACAUGUCUCAUUUUGGGUAUAUACCAAUGGAAGGAUAUUUGUGUUGUUUCCUCUUUUUGUGAAUAAAACAGCUACAAACAUUUAUGCAGAGGUUUUCAUGUGAACGUAAGGGUUUAUUUGCGUAUAUACCUAUGAGUGAAAACUGAUGUGUCAUAUGGUAGUUUUAUGUUUACUUUUAUACAAAACAACCAAUCACUUUUUCAAAGGAACUGUGCCAUUUUAUAUUCACCAUGAGUAUAAAAUUCCAGUAGUUGCUGGGAUCUGCAGAGGCUGUUUUGGGAGGAAUUUAGCACACUUCCUUAUGCCACUGGCUUCAGGGGAUUAAGCUUGGGUGGGCAGCUCACCUGAUAGGCAGCCCAACAUUUGCUGAGGGGAGGAUGUGGGAUAUUUCAUCUAGAUUCAGCCGCAAUUCCAUGUAUAUGAGUUUCCAGGCUAUGCCACCACUGCUCAAGCUAAGAGCUAGAGAAGACUUGUAAUGUCCAAAUGGUGUAUCAUGAAGGAACUCAGCACUGGAGAACCCACAUGGAAUAAAUUAGGUACAAAAUGGCCCCCUCUAGGAGCCUGGGAACUGAUCAUACUGGAACUGGAAAGAGAAACCCUUCUUCCUCUAAUGUCUUCCACAUACUGGUAACUGACUGAGGAGAAAUAUAUGGCCCAGCUCUAUCAUCAAAGACAAAGACAAAGGGAUACUGUAGCAGAACCAAAAAGUAGGACAAUGGUAAAACGUGAGUUUGUAUUAUGUUGGUUUUCUAUGAGUGACAAAGCUCCUAGCAACACCAAUGUAAAAUGGUGUGACAUCGGAUUGUCUAAGUUCACGAGGAGGAGAGAGAGUCAACAUCAGCAUCUGCCCAAAGCUGAUUCUUGUGAGGUGGAGGUCAGACAUUCCUGCACUCUCCAAACUUUGUACCGUUUCUGACACCAGCCAUGCUUUUCACAGCACCGUCUGCUUUUCUGGGUUCGAUAAUUUGUUGUGAUGGCCACACAGAACUCACAGACCAUUCUCGUGAUUAUGUGAUUUACUGUGGGAAGUAACAGGUUACAAUUUGGCAUCAGGAUCAACUUGGAAGUAAAAAGAACAAAUAAGGAUACAAUUCUCAAUCAGACAAUUCCGCCAUGCCCACAGGCCAGUCUGCUGUGGGGCCCUGCUUGGGCAUGGCCUCUACCUACUCAUUAAGGUAACAGGUACAGUCCUUUCAACAUAUAUGUCUGCCCAACACUUCAAACACUAACCACAAGUUUGGGGCUCCCAGGGCCACCAGUAUUUUCAACUAACUGGCUGAAAUUUAAGGGCCCCCUCUACCCAUUGGGUUCAAUAAUUUGCUAGACUAACUCAGGAAGUUCUGUACUUACAGUCUGAUUUUAGCAGAAUGGAUACAAAUCGGAAUCAGCGUAAAGAAGAGACAUGUGGCAAGGUUUGGGAGAGUCAAAUAGGAAGCUCCCAUGUCCCAAGGAUACUUUAUGCCCUCCUUCCCCCCAUGCAUAGAAGUCUCUCACCAACCAGGAAA